GCAGUUUCAAUUAUUAUUCCCACGAUGGCGGGUGGAUCGCGCUUUGCGGACUGGAGCUGCUGUCUCCACCUGCUGCUCCUCCUUCUCCUUGGUGUCGGUAUACGGGGAUACGAGGUGACAAAGGCCAGGAUCGAGGUGUUCUACCCCAAGGGAUUCGAGGUCUCGAUUCCCGACGAGGAGGGCAUCAGUCUGUUCGCCUUCCAUGGCAAACUGAACGAGGAGAUGGAGGGUCUGGAGGCGGGCACCUGGGCACGGGACAUCGUCAAGGCGAAGAACGGCCGCUGGACCUUCAGAGAUCGUACUACGGCACUGAAACCCGGCGACACGCUGUACUACUGGACGUACGUUAUCUACAACGGACUGGGUUAUCGCGAAGACGACGGGUCUUAUGUGGUCAAUGCGUACAGUGGUAAUAACACCUCGGCGAACACUCCACGUCCUCCUGUCGUGCCUGUUGUCACCACGCCAUGGAGUCCACCUGCCGAUCCGGAUAUUGACAUUAGAGUGGGUUGCACCACCCCCCAAACAGAGGUCAAUGGAGCACCCACACGCUGUGCCGGGCAACUGGUCUUCGUGGAUGAGUUCAACGCUGCAAAGUUGGAUCCUGGUAAAUGGAAGGCAGAGCGCCGCUUUUCUGGCCAGCCAGACUACGAAUUCAAUGUUUAUGUGGACGAUGCGCCGGACACUUUGUGCUUGACCAAUGGUCACGUCGCUCUGUCCACGAAUACGAUGCGGAAGCACUUCCACAAGGGAUCAGAUGCCAGUUUGGAUUUGGGGGACAAGUGCACGGGAGUGGCUAAUACCCAUGAUUGCGUUAGGAAUGGCAGGACCAUGAACGAUGGCCUUCCACCAAUGGUCACCGCCCAGUUCUCCUCCAAGGAUUUCUCCUUCAAGUACGGCCGCGUGGAGGUGCGUGCCAAGAUGCCGCGUGCACAGUGGGUGACGCCGCAAAUCUGGCUGCAGCCCAAACACCAUAGGUACGGAGUGGAUGACUACCGGUCAGGACAAUUAAGGAUUGCCUACACACGUCCGAAUGGAGCUAACCUAGAUCUGUAUGCCGCUGCCGUUCUAUUCGCAGACGAACCCCUGCGAUCGGUCAAAAAUUGCCUGAAACCGGGCACUGGUGAUAGUUCCGAGGACUGGAGCGAUAGCUUCCACAAUUAUACCCUCGAAUGGACUCCACGGGAACUUCGUUGGCUGGUCGACGGCAAGGAGUGGUGUGUCCAAGGAAGUGAUAAGGGAGCUUUUAGUGAGACAACCGCCGCCGGAAAACGAUUGCCCCAGGCCCAGAAACUGGAGGAGGGCUCUGGACUGGCGCCCUUCGAUCAGGAGUUCUACCUUACCUUCGGCCUCAGCGUGGGUGGAUUCAACGAGUACCAACACGUGGUUAAGCCCUGGAACGAGAGGGCGCCGCAGGCACAAAAGGCCUUUUGGAAGGAUGUCAAGAAAAAUCGAGACCACUGGCUGGAUGAGGGGCACAUGAAGAUCGACUACGUCAAGGUGUACUCUUUGUAAUCCACUUUGGUCGAAAGAGGUGCUUAUCACAAACUUUACAUAUAAAUCAUAAUAAAUUUUAAAUAUUUGUAUUA